AUGUCACAAUACGUCGACAGACGCGCAGCCGCAAAAUCAUACCGCCCAACAGCCGGUUCAAUGUCCCCAGGCCUCAAACGCGCACGAGCACCCUACCGCGUCAAAAACGCCCUCCUAGGCCUCACUCUCGGCGCAUUCGCAGUCGGCAUAUGGGCUUAUUCAAUAAGCGCAGUGAAGCAGGACGUGUUUGAUGAUAUCGACGAUGAAGCCAGGGCUCUGAGGGAAGGAGGUGUGGGUGCUAAUAAAACUGCUGCUGGAACGACGGGAUCUACGACUGUCGGGUUGGCUUCAGUAUCAACAACGCAGGGGUUAGUGGAGGAUAGGACGAAGGGCCUUGUCAAAUUUGGGGGUGAUGCUGGUGUGGUGGAGAGGAAUGAAUCGACGAUAGGCUUGUUACAGCAUCUAGACCAACGAUUCCCGUGGCUUCUCGAUCCGCAACGCAAGACCUUUGUAUGGGGUGCUCCGCCUGUGGAUAACGUCGGGAAGAUGCGCGACACCUCAUCCUCCUUGUCAUCAUCAUCAUAG